GGACGGUAUUGGCUGUGUGUCAGAUACUCUUAGCAGAGAUGUAUCUCCUCAGAAAAUCAUAUAAAGAGGUCAAAUAUUGAUAGAGAUGUCCGAACGCGUAUUUAGGCUAAUAUGUAGGACAUAUAUAAACCACCAGUAGUGUAAUGUGGAAAAUUACAUCGCUGAAGGGGCGUGGAAAGUUAUUGGCCUUAAAACGUCAUCGCAAUUUUAUCCAAUGGGGGCUUCGUUAUGCAAAUGACAGAUUCUUCUAGGAAGUGGGAUCCCAUCGCUGCAGUCGCUACUUCAGCUAUCUUCGGUUCUGUGAGGGCGAGCUGGACAUCAGGCUGUCAUGCUUUUAUAGACACGUUAAACAAAAGAAAACCUGCGAACAUAAAUAAGGCCUGCCGCUUUUAAGAAGCAAGCAACUGACCCACAGUUUUCCUGCUGAGGACCACAUCACUGUGACUUCACAUUUCUUUGGACCUUUUGAAACGAAUUUUCAUUGGAGGCAAACUUGAACGUAAAAUAAUAAUCAUGAGCGCCCACGAAUCCGACGUGCACACCAUCUCUCCCGAGAUGCCAGCAAUGUUUGAUGGCAUGAAGCUGGCGGCGGUGGCCACGGUGCUUUACAUCAUUGUCCGCUGCUUGAACCUCAAGAGCCCCACAGCACCCCCGGACCUCAUCUACCAGGACACUGCUGUCAACCGCUUCCUCCUCAAGUCCUGCUCUCAGUUGACCAAAGAGUACAUUCCUCCAUUACUGUGGGGUAAGAGUGGUCACCUCCAGACGGCACUGUAUGGUAAACUUGGUCGGGUGAGCUCGCCUCACCCUAGUGGAAUCAGAAAAUAUUUGCCCAUGCAGGAUGGGGCGACUGCGACCUUCGACCUCUUCGAGCCGCUGGGGGAUCAUCGGACAGGAGAUGACAUCACCAUGGUGAUAUGCCCCGGUAUCGGUAACCAUAGUGAGAAGCACUACAUCCGGACCUUUGUGGAUUAUGCACAGAAGGAUGGUUAUCGUUGUGCUGUGCUGAAUCACCUCGGAGCUCUUCCCAACAUCGAGCUUACCUCUCCACGCAUGUUCACUUAUGGAUGCACAUGGGAAUUUGCAUCCAUGGUUGGCUACAUUAAGCGGGCAUACCCUAACACCCAGCUCAUUGUUGUGGGCUUCAGUCUGGGUGGAAACAUCGUUUGUAAGUUCCUGGGGGAGAACAAGGCUAACCAGGAGCGAGUGCUGUGCUGCGUCAGCGUUUGUCAGGGGUACAGCGCGCUGAGGGCCCAGGAAACAUUCCUGCAGUGGGAUCAGUUCAGGCGCUUUUAUAACUUUCUCAUGGCCGACAACAUGAAGAAAAUCAUUCUGUCACACAGGCACAGUCUGUUUGGAGGACAUUCGCUCAAAAUGAUUGAUGCUGAUCUAAGUCGGUUGUACACAGCAACAUCUCUCAUGCAGAUUGAUGACAACAUCAUGAGAAAAUUCCACGGCCACCGCUCUCUCAAAGAGUACUAUGAGAAAGAGAGUUGUGUACAUUAUAUUCACAAUGUCAAUGUGCCACUGCUGUUGGUGAACUCUGCGGAUGAUCCUCUGGUUCAUGACUCAUUGCUCACCAUCCCUCGCACGCUAGCAGCAAAGAAGCCGAAUGUGAUCUUUGCCCUGACACUUCACGGAGGCCACCUGGGCUUCUUUGAGGGUGCAGUCCUCUUCCCCCAGCCUCUCACCUGGAUGGACAAAGUGAUCGUGGGUUACGCCAAUGCCAUUUGUCAGUGGGAGAAACAGAAACCACCAUGCCAAAGUGACCACCUGAGUGAGGGCUCCUGCUUAAAGGAGAAAGCAUAAA